AUUACUCAGUGUUUAUCGUAUUCGCCCAAUACACCUGAAACGAAUUUAGUCUGCUUCAAAAAUAUAAGAAAAUUAGCUCUAGUUUUCAACUAACAUUGUCAGGUAACACGGUCAGUUAAUUAAGGUUUCGAACCACCCAGACUAGCUGGGCUGAGAGAGCGCAUCGCGGUUAGGCUGCAUAUCACCGUUAUUUAUGGGAUUUUGUGCAAUAAAACGAAGCGAUACCUUGUAGCUAUUUUCUUAAAUGGGUUUAAAUAAGCGAACUCUCGCGCCAUCGGAAAGAGGAUAAUAGCUCUUCGCGUGUAUUAACUAAUUGGUAGAAAGGGGUGUGUUAAUAUUGCAUCGAUAGGUUAAAGUUAUUGUUUAAAAAAAUAAGACACCGUGUUUGGAAGAGGCGAUUCAUUUCAAGAUGUUGACCGCACUUUUUUUUACUCAAUUUGUCUUCCGAAAAAUUGCAGGACUUUGCCAUACAGGGUUAUAUGAGAAUCGAACUACCCUGGUGUGGUUUCCCGUAGGCGUCCCAUGCGGGUGCGCGGAUGGAGUCGCAGGUGGGUGCGGGGGGUGUGGAGACGCCCGCCGGACCCUCUGUACCUCCAGCCCGUGGGCCGGAUUGGUGCUUUGCACAGGUGAGCAGGAUUGCGUGCUGUUUGAGGAUGUUUCUGGGACGCCGGGGGCUAAACUUGCCGGCCGCAAAACACCACGGGACCCUGGAAAUGGUGGGGUGACGUCACCCGCGAGUGAAGAAGAGGAGACCUCUGACCAUCACAUCGACGUGAAGAACAGCCCGCAGAAGGGGCUUGGUCGUAUAGAGGAGACUGUGUGUGAGAUGGAACGCCGCCGACCAGAUUCGGAUUCCGCUACACAGCGCGAAUACAAAUUCGAGAUGGCGGAGCUACAGGCUGCUCUGAAGAGGCUGAACAAGGAAAAGGAGCAGUUGAAUAAUGCCCUGACCAGAGCACAAGUGAAUAUUUCCAACAUGCAAGUGGAGCUGGACGUGCUGAAGAUGGAAAACAUAGACCAGCGGCUUCGGCAUGAAAGGGAGAAAAACGAGCUACAAAAGAUGCUGAUCGAAUACCAGUCCUACUGCAGUCACACCAAACUUGUGCAGCAAAUUAAGAGAAAUCUGCAUGACAGCAAUGAUCUGUUCCAAUCCAUCUUGGCGAGGACAGCAGAGUCCCGCAGUAGCAAGGUCCCAUCAAAGGAUGAACACAUUUUGGGGAAACUGAAGCCAUCUGUACAGACCACCAGCAGCUGGGCUGAUCAAUACCUGGAUAGUGGACUGUCUCUGUGGAGAGAUGAAGAGGACAGUUCAAGCACAGAGUUUGACUGUGAGGACCACCAGGAGAAUUUGGACUCUCCUUGCUCUGAUGCUAGCAUUCCUUACUCAAACCCCAAUGGGAUGGACUCUGUCGCUCCCAGCAGACGUCAGUCUGUCUCAUCCACCCGCAGACGUCUCUCAGCCUUUCCCAACCAGCAGGACACAGCAGAUGUUAGAGGGACUCCACCUGUCUACAGACUAGUUCUAGCUGGAGAUGCAGGAACAGGGAAAUCCAGCUUUCUGCUUCGGCUCAGCACGAAUGAAUUCAGAGGAGACAUUCGAACCACUUUGGGAGUGGAUAUGCAUAACAAGAAGAUGUUGGUAGAUGGAGAAGAAACGACGCUACAGAUCUGGGACACAGCAGGCCAAGAGCGCUUCCGCAGUAUCACUCGGUCGUAUUUCCGCAAAGCCCACGGUGUGUUCCUGUUGUAUGACGUCACAUCUGAGAGUAGUUUCCUCAGCAUCAGAGAGUGGAUUGACCAAAUCCAGGAAUCCAUAGAUAAACCGGUGUCGAUGUGUGUCGUCGGGAAUAAGGUCGACCUCCGGUCUGAGCAUCCUGAGGGAGGCUGUGUGAGCACCGGUGAUGGGGAGAAGCUGGCUACGGAGUACAGCGCUUUGUUCUGCGAGACCAGUGCCAAAGACGGAACCAACAUUGUAGAAGCUGUCCUUCACCUUGCAAGAGAAGUAAAAAAGAGAGUAGUUUCGAAAGAGCCUUCGGAGCCGCAGGUGACGCUAAGUCUAGAAGAUGAGGAUGAGACGGAUGGGGCAAAGACUGCCACCAGGCGCUGCUGCCGGAUGUAGCCUUCGUGGAAUUUCACAACGGACAGCAUGGACACGGUCGUACAUCUCGGCAGGAUCCAAAAUGCAAGUCUAUUCAGUUACACAGCCCAAUCUGCCAUGUUGGUCGUCGUCUUCAUUUUCUCGCAAAAUUAUUCAUUAGCGAGUCAUUUUAAUGUCUUCUAAACUACAUUUUAAAUAAAAGCUUAAGUCUUACAUUUUUGUCUUUAAACUGAAUUAACUGUUUAAAGAUUAUAUUUUGUGAUCCAUGCUAUGAAUGAAGCGAUUCAUUGAUCAUGUGAUUUUGUAUGUAUUAACUGGGUAAGUUUAUAAUAUAAAAUCCACUUACCCUUUGUUUUCUCAAUCUAAGACUUGGAUCAGCGCUUCGUUCGGACUGCAUUCUUGGUUUAUGUAAAUCCUCCUUGGUCUUUUGUGGAAACAAAACCCUCCCACUGUCUUGGAGCACAUGGGUGUUUCUAGGCCGCCAUAAGAAAUCUGAACAAGUCUAAUCAGAAACUUCCACAGA